CACAUGAAAAUAGGUCUUUUGAAAAUGUGCCGAUUCGGCUCUGUUAAAAUCGCCAAUCACUCGAUAAAACUCCAAAAUUCUCUUCGCGCUCCGGCCAAUCAGAAAAUUUACGCAACCGAUGAAAUAAAAUAAUUCCGAAGUUCGCCGAUCAGUACAUAUAACCCUAUUCUAUUUCUGUACAUUAUGAUUAUGAUUUUAAGUAUCGAGGAAUUUCAUGAGAACUCGAUAGUCUAGUCUAAUGAAAAAGUUGAUACGCGUAAACAAAACUCUCUGGGAGAAACGUAUCUAUUUUGGGAGAACAUUUUUUUAAUAACGUAGAGAAGAGUCGACGAUAUACUUAACUGUUCGGUUGCUGGUAAUUUGUCUCUCGCGCAACCAUGGUUUGCGAGAAGUGCGAGAAGAAAUUGGGCAAGGUUAUCACCCCGGACCCGUGGAAAACCGGUGCGAGGAACACGCUGGAGAGCGGAGGUCGUAAAGUUGGAGAGAACAAGGCUCUUUCAGCGGGGAAAGCGCGAUUCAAUCCCUACACCACAAAAUUCGAGUGUUGCAGAAUAUGCAGACAAAAGGUUCAUCAAGUCGGAUCUCACUACUGUCAGUCCUGCGCUUACAAGAAAGCUAUAUGCGCUAUGUGCGGCAAAAAACUAAUGAGUACAAAAAAUUACAAACAGUCGGCCACUUAAUUGUUUUUUACAUACGCUAGGACUAGAUACUUAUAUUGUAUAAAACAGUGAUGUGUGCAACAAACGGGCAAGCAAACAUUUAAUUGGCACAAUUGUCGAGAAUUUAACUUAAUAUUAACUUGUAUGCGCAUAAUAUGUUUGCUUUAAUUAUUCAAACAGUAUUAAAUCUAUUUCUUUUGUUAGACAAUACAAUUUCACAACAUGUUUCAAAGCUUUGUAUAUGAAUACGUGAUACGAACAAAACAUUUAAAUCCUAUUUCAUCUGUUAGACGAUACAAUUUUACAAUAUGUUUCAAAGCUCGUAUACAAAUAUGUGAUAAACAAAAUUACUUGUGUGUGUGUGUGUGUUAAACAAUACUAAAGUCAAAUUUAAAAACCUCGUAUGUGAGCAAAUAUAUAUGCAGACUUCCGAUAAAAAGGUUAUUUGCUUCGAAUAUUAUGUUGUCAAGUUUAUAUUUCAAGCAUUUAUU